UUGUAACAUCUCGUAAUCGCGCAUCACUAGUCCCAUCCCAGAGUCCUAGUACUUUCAUCAAUUUCCCGCAAUCUUUUGAAGGGGUAUAUUCUCAGCUGAAGAAGUUUGUGAAGAAUUUACAUAGAAUGUCAGGUAGACCGAUUAUAAAGAAAUUGGAUGAAACUGUUGUAAAUAGAAUUGCAGCUGGUGAAGUAAUUCAGAGACCAUCCAAUGCUGUUAAAGAACUAUUGGAAAAUAGCUUAGAUGCCAAAUCGAGUAGCAUUCAAAUCACUCUAAAGGGUGGAGGAUUGAAGUUACUUCAAAUUCAAGACAAUGGUUGUGGAAUCAGAAGGGAGGACAUGGGCAUUGUUUGUGAGCGCUUUACCACCAGCAAGCUAACACAGUUUGAAGACCUUAGCUCCAUAGCAACGUUCGGUUUUCGUGGGGAAGCCUUGGCGAGUAUAAGUCAUGUAGCUCACCUCACAAUCAUCACAAAAACUGAAAACGAACAAUGUGCUUACAAAGCAUCUUAUGAAGAUGGGAAAUUGAAGGGUCCAGUGAAAGCUUGUGCGGGAAACCAAGGGACUCAGAUCCAUGUGGAGGACUUGUUCUUUAACAUCUCAACUCGCAGGAAAGCUCUCAAAAGUCCCUCUGAGGAACAUGCCCGAGUGUUAGAUGUGGUUAGCCGCUACGCAGUUCACAAUCCACAUGUUGGAUUUACGCUCAAGAAGCAUGGAGAGGGCCUAGUAGAUCUCAGAACGGAGCCUGAGUCAAGUCAUACUGAUAACAUUCGUGUUAUUUACGGCAAUAACAUCACCAGAGAAUUAUUAGAAAUAAAUACAGAAGAUGAAGGUCUCCAGUUAAAACUAAAAGGAUAUAUUACAAAUGUAAAUUUUUCUACCAAGAAGGCGAUCUUUCUUCUGUUCAUCAACAACAGACUGGUUGAUUCAUCAGCAAUUCGUAAAUCCUUGGACAAUGUUUAUGGACUGUAUCUACCUAAAGGAUCCCAUCCUUUUAUAUAUUUGAGUCUGUUUAUGAAUCCUCGGAACUUGGAUGUCAAUGUCCAUCCAACAAAACACGAGGUCAAUUUUCUACACGAGGAAGCAGUAGUGGAGAGGAUAAAACAGGAAGUUGAAAAACUGCUCGCAGGAGCGAACACUUCUCGUACAUUUUUUACUCAGGCAAAACUCCCAUCGUUACCAGAAGUAAUUAAAGAAAACGAUAAGCCGCCCACCGUCUCAGCUAACAAGCUUGUUCGCACGGAUAGUGCCUCUCAAAAGUUACAUAAAUUUUUCCCAAGUCAACCAAUCAACCCUCUUCAAAAGCCAGAUACCAACCUCUCUUCCAGUGAAGGAAGGCGAGACAUCCAGUUAACGAGUGUUUUAAACCUUCGACGAGAAAUAGAGCAAGAUGUUCACGUUGGACUUCGAGAGAUUCUAUCCAACUUAAUUUUCGUCGGAUGUGUCGAUCAAGAACGUGCCUUAAUUCAACAUGACACUAAUCUUUAUAUGUGUAAUACACGUUUGCUUGCAGAAGAAAUGUUCUAUCAAAUCUUGCUAUAUGAAUUUGGCAACUUCGGAGUCAUCAAAUUUAAGGAAAGCCUGCCACUGAUGGAAGUAUGUGAACUCGCCUUGGACUGUCCAGAGGCUAGCUGGAAGCCAGAAUACGGCACUAAGACUCAACUGGCUGCUGAUGCCACGGAACUGCUAGUCUCCAAGGCUGUCAUGCUCAAAGACUAUUUUUCCAUCGACAUUGAUGGCCAUGCCAUGCUGUCUACCAUUCCAUUACUUUUAGUUAAUUAUGUACCUGACUUUGGGCAGUUGCCAGUUUAUAUUUUGAGACUUGCAAGUGAAGUAAACUGGACAGAUGAACAGCUGUGUUUCCAGACGUUCUGUCGUGAGACGGCCAAAUUCUACAGCAAACUACGCCCCUCGGUUGACUCCAAAAACGAAGAAUGGCAGUGGUCUGUGGAACAUGUGAUAUAUCCAACACUGAAAGCAAGUUUCCUUCCUCCGAGAAAAUUUGCAGAGGACAAAACAAUUGUCCAAAUUGCUUCUUUACCUGAAUUGUAUAAAGUUUUUGAAAGGUGUUAAUGUUAAAGAUAUAUUUCCAAGUGUAAAUAAAUAUAAAUCUUUAGAAGUAAAA